AUGAAAAACCAAACCUACAUGACUGAAUUCAUUCUGCUGGGACUAACAGACAUUCCAGAGCUUCAAAGUAUCAUCUUCAUAUUUCUCUUCUUCACCUAUAUAUUCAGCAUCUUAGGGAACCUGACAAUCGUCACCCUCACACUACUCGACUCCCACCUCCAGACUCCCAUGUAUUUCUUCCUCAGGAACCUCUCCUUCUUAGAAAUUUCCUUUACAACCACUUUCACUCCUAGGCUACUGUUCAGCAUCUCAACUGGGAACAAGAGCAUCAGCUUUGCUGGCUGCUUCGCUCAGUAUUUCUUUGCCAUAUUCCUCGGGGCCACAGAGUUUUACCUUCUGGCUGUCAUGUCCUAUGACCGCUAUGUGGCCAUAUGUAAACCCCUGCACUACAUGACCAUCAUGAGCAACAGGGUCUGCACCCAGCUGGUUCUCUGCUGUUUGUUGGCUGGAUUUCUCAUCAUCCUAUCCCCAAUCAUCAUGACCAGUCACCUGGAUUUCUGUGCCUCCAAUGUCCUGAAUCAUUAUCUUUGUGACUAUGGACCCCUCAUGGAAAUAUCUUCCUCAAACACAAGAUUCCUAGAGCUGGUUGACUUUAUCUUAGCAAUUGUGACCUUGGUGGUCACCUUGAUGCUGGUGAUUCUCUCCUACACAAACAUCAUCCGGACAAUUCUGAGGAUCCCCUCUGCCCAGCAAAGGAUGAAGGCCUUUUCCACCUGUUCCUCCCCCAUGGCUGUCAUCUCCCUCUCUUAUGGCAGCUGCAUAUUCAUGUACAUAAAGCCUUCAACAAAAGAAGGAGUUGCCUUCAAUAAGGGAGUAGCUGUGCUCAGUACCUCAGUUGCCCCUUUAUUGAACCCAUUCAUUUACACUCUAAGGAAUAAACAAGUAAAACAAGACUUCAAUAAUGUGACCAGGAAAAUAGUGCAUCUUUAUUCAUUUUAA